AGGAAGUACGGCAUCGCAAGCUUGGCACGAUAUCGUAUAAAUUUCCAUGAGGAUACUACAGCCCUGACAAGAGAUUCUGUGCCUUAUAAGUAUUGUGCGUUGGUGAUCAGCUGCCCACCGCCCACUCUUUGAAUUCGCCAUUUGAUCUGCACAGUUUCAUGUCGGAACUAGAAAAAGAUGUCUACUAUCUUGACUGGAAUAACAAUAUAUCUGUUGUAAUGAUUACCCUGGUGACCUAUGAAUACAUACUUCAGUUCGAGAAAGAGGUCAAGUUUGUUUGGGAAAGACAGUGGACAGCGAUGACAUAUCUAUACCUCGUUGUUCGAUAUUUUGGGCUUUUCCUUGCAAUUACUUUCGCCUGCUGGGGAGGUCUAUUUUAUAUACCUGCAGCAGUGAGCCAUAUUAUUUUUCUGAUAAUGCAAUGGGGUUGGUCUUUAUAUUUUUGCUUGGCGGAGGUCCUUCUCAUCUGGCGUCUUUACGCCCUAUACAACCAAUCCAAGCCCAUCCUUUAUGUUCUCCUGGGGCUAUUCUUACCUGUUAUCGCGCUCUAUAUAGCGAUGGAUAUUUUUUUAUGGAGUCGACCCUCAGCGGUCUCAACGGACGAAAUUAUAAUAACUCCGAACAUCAAGUACUGCACGGCUACAUUCCACAUAGGGCCCAUGCCUGCGAUAUAUGCUUCCAUCCCCAUCCUAUGCUAUGAUGUUUUGCUAGUUAUUCUCGCAAUCGUCGCCCUCGGGAAACACCUAAAAGAACGGAAGGAGCUCAAAAUUAGGCCUAGUAUCUAUGUAGUAAUGAUCGUCCGACAUCACAUCAUGUAUUUCGUCAUAAAUUUGGCAUGUCAAAUUGUCAUCGUGGUAUUGUGGACCGGCCUUCAGGCGGUGGCGAGGAAUCUCGUACUGUUGUUCAAGGAUACCGCGCCAUUUAUUAUCAUGCCCCGUCUUAUCAUCAGCAUUUGGGAUAUGCAUGCCAACGAGAACUGCAUACAUGUCAGUACGACGUUUGAGGAUUGUGUAUGUUGGACUUCGCCACCGUCGUUCGAGCAGCACGAGAUGAACUCCUGCGCAGCCUGCGCCUGAUAGUUCCAAAAACGAUGAAGGAGGUAGAGUGGGGUGCCUCAACCCCUCAGGCUCUAGUCCUAGCAAAACACUCUAAUACUUGUAGUUCAGGGCCGAUUUUGUAUCUAUGUACUAUCAUGCAUAUUAGAUGUAAAAGUAGGGCUUAGCAUAAUUUAAUUUAGAGGACUCGAUAUACUCUCAGUGGCUCAUGACUCUAACACUGUUGAGGCAAAUAUAACAACACUAUGAG